UGGGGGAGGGACAACCCCGUGGCGUUCCGGUUGACAGACAUUUUCCCAUGCCACCAAGAAAAGUCCAUUGUUUUCGUUCUUUGCGAUUUUCGGUUUUAAAGCUCCGUCGAAGUGGCACCUUGCCUUGGGUGUUUCUCUCAAUCCCUCGGACCCAUCCAAACCGAUGGUUAUAUAUACAAGACGAAUUUGUGACAGGAUUUCCAGUGCCGACCGCAAUCCAUGCCCGCGAGCAGGUUGAUCCGCGUUCACAAAAGUUACUUCUUUUGGCCUGUGAAACCGGCUGUUGGGGUUCUGAACGCCAUCGACCCCGAAGCGAUUACAUUUAACCGUCAGAAGCAAAGUGGAAACUCCUCGAAAGGAUAACAAACAAACGGGGACCCAGUCCCGUGAUGAUACAGAAAAGCAAUCCCGUCCGUUAAUCGCAUCUGGUGUGAAAACAGUGAUUUAAUAUUAAUUGAGUGCCAUUGUUGGCAGGACCGGGUUGCGACAGAAUGGUUCUAGUGAAGAUGAAUCUUUUUGGGUUGGCCAGCUCCUGGCUAGUGAUACAUUGUAUUCUUCAUGAUUUGUCGCGCACGGUGACAACGACGGCGGUGUCCGGUGCCGAGUUGGAGACGUUCGAUUACUGUAUUAGGACCAGUCCGUCGGUUGGAUUGCUACAGUGUGCCGGACAGCAAGCGUUGGCCUCGUUGCAGUUUCUGGAGGAGGCCAGCAAUGUGACGCUGGGAGGUGGGAUACUGAUGAUUAAGGAUGACAGCGAUCCAGCGGCGCGGAUAUUGCCCAACUUUUUGGACCACGAUCCAAUGGAUUUUCGCGGCAUUCUGGAAAACGCCGGCGCCGUCAUCUCCCAGCGCCAACUCAUGUGGGACAUGGGCAUCAUCUAUCCAGGGUUGAAGCUCAAGAUCGGGCCCACGCUGGGCGCCAACGGGGUGCUGGAGUUUGUGAUGGAUCCGACCGGCGGCGGCGGACACAACGACGAGCGAACUUUCUUCGAGGAGAAAUCAACGGCUCGCAUUUUGACGCGCAACUUCGUGGUACCGUUUCUGCUCGGGCUCAAGUUCAACCUGGCAACGCUUCUCCCGCUCAUCUUCGGUGGCCUCAUCCUGCUGAGCAAAAAAGCUCUCAUCUUGGGUAAAAUCGCCCUUUUCGUAUCGGGCCUGUUCGGCUACGGUAGUAUCUUUACGCCCGGAAUCGGUUACGGUCUGGGGUAUCCCACGACGUUCGGCAGCGCUGGACUUGGAGGGUACGGCGGCGGAUUCCACCACAAACCGUUCCGAUAUAGCGAUGCGUUGAGUGAUAAACCGGACUGGGAAAGCCACCAGCAGCACCACCAUCAUCAUCAUAAACCACAAAGUGAUUCAUUGCAUCAGAGCUAUUACGGCGGGGGCUCGUCGUCUUCGUCGUCGUCGUCGUCAUCGGUGUUAUCGCAAGCGGAUGAUGUAGGAGGAGUGAGUGGAGGUUACUACAAGAAGCAGGACAAGUUCUUGAACUUGGACGAGAGGCUGGAGGCGCAAUCGUCGACGCUGGUGGAUAAGUUCUACGACUACGAGAAGCAGCAGAUGAUGAAGGAUAGGAAUUCCAGGCUGUUUGAGAGGAAGUACUACGAAGCGGAACAAGCAAAGGAGAAAGACACUGGUAAUGGGAAAGGAAAGAGUACGAAAGGAGAUGGAUACACUUUUGUUACUGGAGAUAAUGAGGAACGAAACGAACGUUCACUGCCAAUGUCGAGUGGAUACAGGACCUUUGCUUGGAGUGAUAGCUAA